UGGUGCCACGUGCUGAAGAACCGCAGGCUGACGUGGGAGUACUGUGAUGUGCCCUCCUGCUCCACCUGCGGCCUGAGACAGUACAGCCAGCCUCAGUUUCGCAUCAAAGGAGGGCUCUUCGCCGACAUCGCCUCCCACCCCUGGCAGGCUGCCAUCUUUGCCAAGCACAGGAGGUCGCCCGGAGAGCGGUUCCUGUGCGGGGGCAUACUCAUCAGCUCCUGCUGGAUUCUCUCUGCCGCCCACUGCUUCCAGGAGAGGUUUCCGCCCCACCACCUGACGGUGAUCUUGGGCAGAACAUACCGGGUGGUCCCUGGCGAGGAGGAGCAGAAAUUUGAAGUCGAAAAAUACAUUGUCCAUAAGGAAUUCGAUGAUGACACUUACGACAAUGACAUUGCGCUGCUGCAGCUGAAAUCGGAUUCGUCCCGCUGUGCCCAGGAGAGCAGCGUGGUCCGCACUGUGUGCCUUCCCCCGGCGGACCUGCAGCUGCCGGACUGGACGGAGUGUGAGCUCUCCGGCUACGGCAAGCAUGAGGCCUUGUCUCCUUUCUAUUCGGAGCGGCUGAAGGAGGCUCAUGUCAGACUGUACCCAUCCAGCCGCUGCACAUCACAACAUUUACUUAACAGAACAGUCACCGACAACAUGCUGUGUGCUGGAGACACUCGGAGCGGCGGGCCCCAGGCAAACUUGCACGACGCCUGCCAGGGCGAUUCGGGAGGCCCCCUGGUGUGUCUGAACGAUGGCCGCAUGACUUUGGUGGGCAUCAUCAGCUGGGGCCUGGGCUGUGGACAGAAGGAUGUCCCGGGUGUGUACACCAAGGUUACCAACUACCUAGACUGGAUUCGUGACAACAUGCGACCGUGA